GCCUACUAAUACUAGUUAGACUAGUUGGACUAGUCGAUGGAUUCGAAACUGAUUCUUUCUAACUCUAGUAAUCUAUAACUAUUCCUAUCUUUAUUCGGGGUCUUGCAUCUCUAGUUUUAGGAUCUUCUUCGUUAAAGGAUGCCCAACCUGGCGAACCUCCACUUGCACCGCGUCAUCAUUUUUCCAACCCUCCAUUUACAGGUCACGUUUACCUAUAGCUCACUUAGUUGAGGUCGAUCUCACUAAUUAUAUCUAAAAGAUAACCGAAUACUCCAUUCUUCUAUUAUUCCCAGUGAAUCGCAAACAUGGUAUGGGCAAAGGUGUCAGAUACGCGCUGGGAGCGCCCAGUGGACGGCCUGGAGGGCUACUUCGUCGUUAUGGCGAAUGUCUCCGCCAGCCUAUGUGAGGGGCGUGAACAUUACACGCUGUUCUCAAAAAUCAAACUGGAGACAGGUUCUGAGGAUGUGACUCCAGCCCUCAAGCAUGCGUGGAAACAGAUUCGCUAUGAGCAGCCCCAAGUCGCUACCAUCGUCGAUGGCAUGAAGAAGGUGUACGAAGUUCCGGACGAGAAGGCAUUAGAAGAAUGGCUUGAGUCGACGUUUGUGGUCUCCCCGGCAUCCGACGCCGAGGAACUGUACCAGUCCGUAAAGCCUAUCAAGCAAGCCUCAUUGUACUACCUACCCAAAUCCUCGGAACUAAUAUUCCGCGGCCAUCACCACACACUUGACGGCACCGGCGUGUUGCUGUUCUGGCACAGCUACCUAGAUGCGCUUGCUUCGCCGAUCGAGAACAUAAGGUUCGGCGACGAGCAUGCCAGGCUCGCCCCUGUCAUGGAGGAAACCCUAGGCUAUGCGGAGCAACCAACGCAAGAACAAAGCGACAAAGCGACAUCUCUAUUCAUGAGCUGGGCCGCUGCCAUGCCCGGCGUCGGGCCCGUGUCAAAACUCGGCGCGGCUCCUUCGGGACGAUGCCAGAACACGGAAUUGGUGUUCCCCACACAGACCACCAAGGCGAUCGUCGCGGCCUGCAAGAGCAAGGGUUUUAGCGUAACUGCAGCUGUGCACGCCGCAUACAUCGCGGCCAUAUCCAAGCACGCAGACCCCGAGUCGAAGCUCGCGGAAUACGUAACCGCAGCACAGUUUAACCUACGCCCCUAUCUGCCAGAACCGUACAGCACGAGCAAGCACGCGGUCUCGGUCUACUAUACCCCUAUACCAUAUAAGGUCGACCUCCCGACUUCGUUCUCGGAUAUUGCGAAGUCGUUGCAUGAGUACUAUCAGACUACGUUCAAAGCUAACGCCGAGAUGCUCGAGCUUAAAGGACACUUCACGCGAGUCCUAUGCGGGGCCGUCCAGACGCCCGAGUUCCUAGCCAGCCCAAUAUCCAAGGACGCUCUAGUCAGCAGCUUGGGUGUUGCAGAGCGCUACGUGCAGCGGGAAUACGGAAACGGGAUCAAGGUUACGGAUCUUAAACUAGGCGUUGAUGUCGUGAUGGGAAUGAGCAUGUUCUUCUUUUACACUUUCCGCGAUCAGCUAAGACUUGUAUAUAGUUUCAAUGAUGGGUUUGAGGAGCCGGAGAAUAUCCAGAAGUACUUAGAGGAGGUGCAGACGGUCCUCGUUGAAGAGUUAUUGGCAUAGAGAUAGACUACGUAGAUCUAGAGGUAUAUGUGCAUACAUCAUGCCCUUGUAGUAUCAAGGGUUUCAUAUCUCGUAU